UAUCCGAGCGCACCGACUCAGACCACCAGCUCCGUCAGAACCUGCAGGGGGCCGUGAGAGCACCGCGCCGGCGUGGGCUUCGUACGCACCGCAGAGAAAAUGAAUAUCCAGGUUUUGCCAGAACACAAGCUCUCGUCGGUGGCCCCGCUGAAACAGUGCAAUGUGGAGAAAAAAGAGGUAGAACUGAUACUGGUGAAGGACCAGAAUGGCGUCCAGUACACCAGUUCCACCAUCAUUCCCACCCCUGGUCACCGCGCAGGUCCGCCCGGAUCCGACGAGGAACGAGAAACUUGGGGAAAGAAAAUAGACUUUCUCCUGUCGGUCAUUGGCUUCGCGGUGGACCUGGCCAAUGUUUGGAGAUUUCCUUACUUGUGCUACAAAAAUGGAGGAGGUGCCUUUUUGAUUCCCUACAUUCUUUUCUUGGUCAUUGCGGGGAUGCCGCUGUUCUACAUGGAACUUGCCUUGGGCCAGUACAACAGGGAAGGGGCAGCUACGGUUUGGAAAAUCUGCCCUGUCUUUAAAGGUGUGGGCUACACUGUGAUCAUCAUAGCCCUGUAUGUUGGCUUCUACUACAACGUCAUCAUCGCCUGGUCCCUCUACUACCUGUUCUCCUCCAUGACCAGCGAGCUGCCGUGGCUCAAGUGCGGCAACCCAUGGAACAGCCCGAACUGCACCGACCCCAAAGCCAUCAACGGAUCCGUCCUCGGCAACGGCACGUCUUACGCCAAGUACAAGAUCACGCCGGCAGCGGAGUACUACGAACGAGGUGUGCUGCAUCUCCAUGAAAGUAAAGGUAUCCAGGACCUGGGCUUGCCUCGCUGGGAGUUGACCUUGUGCCUGGUUGUGGUUGUUUUCAUCCUCUACUUCAGCUUGUGGAAAGGCGUCAAGUCUUCAGGAAAGGUGGUGUACAUUACAGCCACGAUGCCCUAUGUGGUCCUUUUUGUGCUGCUGAUCCGAGGCAUAACUCUACCAGGGUCCAUGGAAGGAAUUAAAGCCUACCUCCACAUUGACUUCAAGCGACUCAACAAUCUAGAGGUGUGGAUUGAUGCUGCCACCCAGAUAUUCUACUCGCUGGGUGCAGGAUUUGGUGUGCUCAUUGCAUUUGCCAGUUAUAACAAAUUUGACAACAACUGCUACAGGGAUGCUCUCUUGACCAGCACUGUGAACUGCGUGACCAGUUUCUUCUCAGGGUUUGCCAUCUUCUCUGUACUUGGAUACAUGGCUUACAAACAUGGGGUGAGAAUAGAGGAUGUAGCAACAGAGGGGGCGGGUUUGGUGUUCAUCAUCUACCCUGAGGCUAUUUCUACCCUGCCUGGCUCAACAUUUUGGGCGAUUGUGUUCUUCAUCAUGUUGCUGACUCUGGGCAUUGACAGCUCGAUGGGCGGCAUGGAAGCAGUCAUCACAGGCCUGACGGACGACUUCAAGAUCCUCAAGAGAAACAGAAAGCUUUUCACCUUUGCCACAGCCUUUGGAACUUUCCUGGUUGCCCUGCUCUGCAUCACGAAUGGUGGAAUCUACGUGCUGACAUUGUUGGAUAAGUAUGCAGCAGGAACUUCUAUACUAUUUGGUGUGUUGAUCGAGGCCAUUGGAGUGUCAUGGUUUUAUGGUGUGGACCGCUUCAGCGAAGAUAUUGAGCGAAUGAUGGGCUUUAAGCCAGGUCUCUACUGGAGGCUGUGCUGGAAAUUUGUCAGCCCCGCGUUUCUGCUGUUUGUGGUAAUAGCCAGUACUUUGACAUCAUCGGGCCUGAAGUACGAUGAGUACGUCUUCCCUAACUGGUCCAACCUACUGGGCUGGGGCGUGGCCAUGUCCUCCAUGCUGUUUGUUCCCAUUUAUGCCCUGUAUAAAUUCUUCAGUCUACCGGGGACAUUCAAAGAGAGGAUAGCCUACUGCAUCACUCCAGAACACGAGCAUCAUUUGGUGGCUGAAGGAAAUGUACGGCAGUUCAAACUCAGGCACUGGUUGGCCAUCUAAUCACAGACAUGCAGAAUCCCGUCAUCCAUCCUCGCUUCUGGAGUUUGGAGUUCCUGUGGUCCACCAGUUGGCCGGACAGACAAGGACAGCAACGGGCUCCAACCUCUUUCAACAGCCUCCCUCGUCUCCCUGUGCAUUUACCACCCAAGGCCUUUGUUGUCAACAGUGGCUUCGACUAUUCUGAGUUACGCCUGUUCAUACAAUCACACAUCAGCUUCAGCUCAUACGGGAGGGGACACCCCAUGGGAAAGAUUUGCAGCUUUUUUUUUGCCCAUGGACAUCAGUGUGGCUCUUACAUAAUAUUGAAAUUGUUCAUAACUUAUGAUUUUUUAUAGAUUGUGAUGUAACUAUUACCUCUUCUAAGGGAUAGAAACUACAAUUAGAACCCAAACAAUCCCAUUUCCCUGUGUGUUACUAUACAGGGGUACAAAAUAUUUACAUUUUUAAACUUGUUUUUGUUUUUUUUAGUUCUGUGAUUACUUAUUAUCAAGUUAUUAUUUGAAGAAAAAUCUCUGUUCUUGCCAUUUUGUUGGCACAGCGGCUUAUCUGUGUCAGUGCCUUAUCAAGCUAGACACGCCACGUUUCUUACGGUCCGCACACAAAGAAAUAAAAUAAACUGUGUUGACUCAGGAACCCGCUAAAAUCAAACCAGUCCUUUGGCAUUAAAGUCAAAGAGGUCCGCAGCACAUCCAGGUCAGGCUCCUUAGCAGAGAAAAAAAAAAAGGCGAGAUAUAAUGUUAAUUCUGUGUCACACUGCGCUACAAAAAAAAAAAAAAAAAGGGAAUAAUGCAUGCAUCUCUCCAGAGCUUUAAAAGAACUGCGGCAGGCUUCGUUGAACUCUUAUGAUUUGAAAGAGCGAGACUCACAAACGAGCCUAAAUCAAAGAGAAAGAUGAAGGUGGUCAGUGCCUGGCUGCUCGCUGAAGGUGCCAGAAGGGGGGAAAAAAAUAAAUAUAUCACCAAAACAAAUGGCGGAACUGUUACGGAUAGUUUUGUAUUAUUGUUGUGUGACUUUUACUUUCCAAACUUUUGUCUGUUCAGUGCUUCGAAGGAAUAUCUGUGGCUUUUCCUCCUAAAGACACAAUGAGAGAGAGGAGUGUGUGUGUGUGUGUGUGUGUGCGAAUGUGUGUGUUGAGAUUUCGUUGCCAACCAUACGAUAUGCUGUUGGUGUACAGUACGUGGAAAACUGACAACUGCCAAAUGCCUCUUUCACUGUACUGUACGUUAACUAUUAACUGCAUGACGACGACUCUUGCAUUUUCCUUUGAAGCAUAACUUAUGGUGUUCCUCUUUUUUCAUCACCAUAGAAGUGCCAAUAAGUUCCUUUAGGAGUGAUAUGAUUCUCUUUUUCUGUUUCUCUCUUUUUUUAAGAAAAAGAAAAAAAACUUAUUUAUUGGAAUGAAGUUGACUUUUAACCUUGAAUCAUAAGAGAAAACCCUUACUGAAAAGGAAUAAAGCCACAAAGAAAAAAACAAAAUAUAUGUGGAAUAUAUAAGAAGAUAUAAAAAAAAUAUAUAAAUAUAUUCUUUUGUUAUAUCUAAUCUUGUAUUUAUCAAAUUGUUUAUAGCAAAACGUGAAUGUAAAGUAUUUUAAACGUAACUGUCCAUAGUCAUAACAUGGUGUUUGAUGUAUAGCUAAGAUGAACUAUUUAGAAAAAAAUAAAUAAAAAAUGUUCUUCAGUGUAACCCUGGGCCACUUUGUCACAUGUGAAUGUGAACAGAUGCACCCCGGCUUUCCUGGACUAUGUUUACAGAAAUACUGUGUACAAUACCGAUGUCCUGUUGAACGUGAGUGACAACUAUCUAUGAAGAAGUCUAAAGUAUUCACACUAUGAUAAUAAAGAAUUUCUUCUACACACACCUGAA